AUGACUGCCCUCGUUGCGGAGGGCGUGUUUGGCCGAUGCGUGCCCCCGGAGUCAAAGUACGCCAUUACAACGAACUUGCGGGGAUGGGACAAUGCGGUCAAGUUGCGGGAGGGAGACAAGGGCGUCAUGUCACAGAUUGUACACAUUUAUCCACGCUUCGGUCCAUUCCAGGAUGUCAAGCUCUUGUUCGGGGCUCUCGCUGGGAAGCUACACCUUGCCGAGGGUCUGUCGCUGUUGGCUUUCACUGACCCCGGUGUCUUCCAAAUGAUUGCCAAGCAUGUGACCAGUCCUCACCGUCGUGAGCCCAUCGUCUCGCUGGAAGAACUGCAGCUUCAUGUUGUCGACGUGGCUGGCAUCCGGCUGUACGUCGUUGCAUUUCCUGCGGCAAAGACAUCUGGUGUCAUUGGUGCCUGGAUGAAUCCUGGCAUAGGACUGUCCAUCCGCUUGUCGGAAUAUCUUCUCUCACAAAUCGACACAUUCACACUAGUCAAGUCGGCGUCCACUACAGAAGCUCCUCCGCAAGGAACGUUCCUCCCCGAAACAGCAGAUCACGCGAAAUUGAGGGAGCGGAUCUCUGGGCUCCUUCACAGGGCUUCCGUCGACCCUGAGAAGAUCAGGGUCACUCCCGACGAUAUUUACCUCUACCCAACAGGAAUGGCUGCCAUCUACACAACGCACAGUCAGUUAGUCGCACACCGCCCCGGCACCGUCGUCAUUCUUGGCAUUACCUUUCCCAGCACGAUUCAGUUGCUUUUGGAGACCUCGCCACACGGCUACAAGCACUUCGGUCCUGUAGACUCCGCUGGCCUCGACGUGUUCGAAUCUUGGCUGAAGGAGGAGGCUGCUCAGGGCCGGGACGUGACGUACGUCCUCGUCGAGUUUCCCUCCAACCCCCUCCUCGCCAGCGUCGACCUGCGCCGCAUCCAGGCCUUGUCGCGGAAGUUCGGUUUCUUCUUCGUGAUUGACGAGACAGUCGGGUCCUUUGCCAACAUUGAUGUUCUUCCUUACUGCGAUCUGAUCGUCACAAGCCUUGCAAAGACCUUUUCCGGCUACGCGAACGUCAUGGGGGGCUCGGCGGCACUGAACCCCCUGGCACCGCGGCACGCCGAGCUGAGGAAGCUCUGGGACACGCACUUCCACAACGAAGUCUUUUGUGGUGACGCUGCGGUGCUGCUCUCCAACUCGGGCUCCUAUCUUGAGCGGACGGCUGUGCACAAUACCAAUGCGGGAACCAUGGCCGCGUAUCUCGCGGCACAGACGCGGGAUCUCGACCCGUCCUCGCCGAUUCUUCGCGUGCGGUAUCCGACGCAGAUGGCCGACUACAAUAUCUUUGCGUCAUUCUUGCGCCGGCCGACGGAGGAGCUGCCUGAGCCGGGAGGCGGAUGUCUCCUCACAGUGGACUUUACGAACACCGUGGCCGCCAAGGCUUUCUAUGAGGCGCUGCAGUUCUAUCACGGCCCGCAUCUUGGAGCGCCGAAGACGCUGGCGCUGUGCUAUGUGGAGCUCGUGUUUAACAGGAAUCCGGAGGAUGCAGAGUAUCAUCGAAGAUAUGGUCUGCUGCAGGAGAGUGUCAGGAUCUCGGCGGGCUUGGAGGCGGCGGGGGAUCUGGUGAAGACGCUCGAGGCGGCGUUGGACGCUGCGAGGAAGGCCGUGAGUAACUGA